GAGCUUUGAACAGCAUUAAAUUUGAAAGAGGAAGUUGGCAUGCAGGGGAUGGCGGUCGCACUCGUCAGAAUGUGUUGAUUGGAUUUGGAAAGGAGCUCCGCAGUUGAGCGACCAAGGGCGCUGGGGAGGAAAGCAUGACGUCGGUCAUAGCCCCCUCCUUGUCUGCCUGUUGCAGCAGAUGGGCGUGUCAGAAACCUCUCCACGAAGGUGAUGCCCUGCAGAAUUUCCGCAGGCUUGGGUUUACCAAAAGUUGCCCUCUGCUACCACAUUCGCAAAGUAGAUGGUCUUUUUCAAAGGAGUUGGCCAAGCGCUGUGCCAGUCGAUCCAUUCUUGCUUCUGCAGUGACGGACACCACGGAAGCAAUUGAAAAGGAUGUAUCGACAUCAGAAGAGCCCGUUCUGGCGACCCCAGACACAAAGCCUGUCAGACGGAGGCGGCAGGCCAAGAAAGAGGGGGCUGAGACUGGAGCACAGAAUGCUGCUUCUGUGGAGGGAGCUGCGUCUGCUGAGGCAGAGGCAAACCCUGCAUCAAAAAGACAGAGAGGAAGACCCCGAAAGUCUAAUCCUGCGGACGGUAGAUUAACCGGCGGAGCAGGUAUAGUGGAUACAGAGGAGCUUCCUGAGGGGGUUGCGACAUCCAGGGUUGAUGAUCAGGCGGAGUCAGAGCCUGUGGACGCAAAGCAGGGUGGUCAGAAGAAGCGUGUGUAUGCGCAAGAUGCAAAAAGAUUGAAGGUGUCCACGAAGAGAGCCGUUGCACUCUUGCACCUGCUGCGCAUUGAGAACGACGCCGCCUACGCAAGCCUGCUGGACCGCAAUGGCCAGCAAGUCAGCCUGCGCGUCGUUGAGAAGUCGCUGGGGCUUAAGAUUGAACCACUCUCUAAGGCCGACCUGCGCCAGGUCACCGAGCUUGUCUCGUCAACCACCAAGUGGCGGCGCUACUUGGACUUUGUCAUUGAAAGUGUCUUUGAGCGGGAGGGCAAGAAGCAGAAGGUCAAGGGCGCAAUGAAGCAACUCCUCAGGCUUGGGGCCUGCGAGGUGCUGAAACUGGGGCAGCCUUCUCAUGUGGUCAACGAGAUGGUUCAGCUGACUAAGUACAUCAAGGGAGGUGGAGACAACGCGGCCAAGUUUGUGAAUUAUGUCCUCAGGCAAGUGACACAGAUGAAGGAGGCGGGGACGCUGCCGGAACCUAAGGCCGGGGGGAAGGUCACAAACGCGGAUGUGCUCGGGAUCAUGCACUCGCAGCCAACGUGGAUCGUAGAAAGGUGGCUUGAGAGGUAUGGGGAGGAGCACGCCAUCCAGUUUCUGAAGUGGAAUAAUGCGGUCCCCGCCUUUGGUGUGAGGCCAAGUGUUGCGAGGGGCACCACACUCGACGGUUUCAAAGAGGAGCUAGAGAAGCUCGCUAAGGCAAAUAAGAAGGUGGAGUAUGUUGAAUCGCCCUACCUUCCCAACGUCCUGCGAGUACAGAACGGGAUGCAGGCUAUCCGCGAGUUGCUGGACGAAGGCCUCUGCUCGGUUCAGGAUGAGAGUGCCGGUCUGGUCGUCAACUUGCUCGACCCGACGCCAGGGGACUUCAUCAUCGACACGUGUGCUGCACCGGGGGGGAAGACGUUCAAUGCCGCGGAAAGGCUGAAUGGAGAAGGGUCCGUUUUGGCGCUCGACAUCCAUGCGGCGCGGUUACAGAAGCUGACGGAGGUUUCGAAGAAGAUGGGACUCGACAACGUGAUCGAGACGGGGGCCGGGGACCUCCGCUACCUCGCGCGCAACCGGCCGCGGCUUGCGGACAAGGUUCUGGUGGAUGCGCCAUGCACAGGCCUGGGGGUCGUCGCACGGCGUGCGGACCUGCGGUGGCGCAAGAGCCAGGCCAACCUGGAGGAGCUGGUGAAGUUGCAGGCGGAGCUGCUGGACGCGGCGGUCGCGUUCGUCAAGCCGGGCGGCCUGCUCGUCUACUCCACCUGCUCCGUCGAGCCCGAGGAGAACGAGAUGCAAGUGGAGGCCUUCCUGGAGAGACACCCGGAGUUUUCAAUUGAGUCGGCAACACCUUAUGUACCGAUUCAAGCCGUCACAGCAAGGGGCUUCUAUGCGACGUUGCCCUUCCGAGACGGCAUCGACGGGGCUUUUGGAGCUCGUCUCCGGAGAGCGGCCGCUUCUUAAAGCGGCCAAAUCUGAUCGGAACGUUGUUGUCGAGACUCAUGAUGCGUUUGUCGAACACAUGGGCCCCUCUUGUUGGCUUGAGAGGGGACGAAACCAGCAAGACUUCCGUUGUAGAAUGGAGUUGGAGACUGAAAACUUGCACCAGGGGACUUGGGUUGGAUCGGGUUGAUCGAGGUAUGCUCGUGUUAGACAAGGUUUCUAGAAAGGGAAGCGAAUCCCCGAAUUGGGCGGCACAAUGAACGCACGCUUUUUGUUGCCAAGGGGCAAGAGCACGUGAUCCAAAGACAGGUGUGUAUCUACUUGGUUGUUCACAGAAUCAUGCGUGCAGCCCU